AUGAGAUUUGCGGAAGUGGCCGUGGAUGUGCCCAUGGCUUCGAGUCGCACGUUCAGCUACGAAAUACCGGACGAGUUGACAGUGCGACCAGGCCAGCUUGUGCGCGUUCCAUUCGGCGCUCGAACUCUGCAAGGCAUUGUAUUUUCACUCUCGGCUCAUCCCCAGGUGCCGGAGACGAAGCCAAUCGCCGAUUUAGUAUUUGAAGAGCCGCUGCUGGACGAUGUGCACCUUAAACUCGCAGCGUGGAUUAGCGAAUACUACAUCUGCUCCCUGUUCGAGGCAUCCGCACCUAUGUUGCCGCCCGGUGGCCGAGUCCGCGCACGCACGCACCUCACGCUUGCCGACCAGCACACAGACAGUGAGACACUCACACCCCUGCAGCAGCGUAUCGUCGAAUACAUUGCCAAGCGCGGACUGACGACGCAGGACAGCCUCAUAAAGGCGUUCGGGGAAAGCGCCGCAUCAUCGGCGGCAAGCCUCGUUCGGCGCAACAUCCUGAUCCGCGACUACUCCCUGCCCGACCCUACCGUCAAGCAUAGGUAUCGCACGCACAUCAGCCUCUCACCCGACACCGCAUCGGACAUCAACGAAUGGCUCGCCAAAACCAAAGCCCGAAAACAGGCGGCAUUUGUCGAGCAUCUGCGCGAAGUGGGCGAGCCGCUCGACAUUACGGAAGCUCGCCGUGAGUUCGGCGGGAGCAUAGUCAAGACCAUCAUGGACAAAGGUUGGCUUUCCACCAAAGCCGUAGCCAUCGACCGGGAUCCCCUCGACGGCAGGACGUUCCCGUACAGCGAGCCACUUCGCCUCACCGUCGAGCAAUCUGAAGCGGCAACAGCCAUACACGGCGCCUUCGAAGAGCCAUCUGCGCUCGGCAAUACCUUCCUCAUCGAAGGCGUAACGGGCAGUGGUAAGACCGAAGUCUAUCUCGACGCCGUUGAUUGCUGCACCCAAAUGGGUAAGCAGGCAAUCGUUCUAGUCCCCGAAAUUGCCCUCACUUACCAGACAAUCGAGCGCUUCGCGUCCCGCUUCCCCGACAAGGUCGCCGUUCUCCACAGUGGUCUCUCGGACGGCGAGCGCUUCGACCAGUGGUGGAAGAUCAAGCGUGGGCACUACAGCAUCGUCAUCGGUUCGCGCAGCGCCAUAUUUGCUCCCGUACCCGACUUAGGCCUGAUUGUCGUUGACGAAGAACACGAAUGGACAUAUAAGCAGCACGAUACCUCACCACGAUACCACGCGCGGCAGGUAAGCCUGCGCCUUUCCGAACUGACGCAGUCCUUAGUAGUCCUCGGCAGUGCCUCGCCUGAUGUAGGCUCAUUCUACGCGGCUAUGCGCGGUAGCCAUCGACUACAUAGGCUCACGGAGCGGUUCGCCGAUACCGGCGAUGGGCAAGCAAACCGGCCCAGCGCACUCCCUUCGGUGAGCGUCGUUGACAUGCGCGAGGAGUUGCUGCAGGGCAACACCGACAUGUUCAGUCGAUCACUAAGCGAAUCUCUGUCCGAAUGCCUCGAAUUAGCUGUGGAUACAGCCUGCGCUGCCGUAGCUGCGAUGUCAGCGUCACAUAUCACGCCGCCUCGCAGCGCUUCAUCUGCCAUUACUGCGGCGCAGCGUCGCAAACCGCCCACAAUGUGCCCUCAGUGCCUCAGACAUCGCCUCCGCUACUACGGCAUUGGGACAGAACUGGUGGCAGACGAGGUAGCAAGGCGUUAUCCCGAUGCCGGCGUCCUGCGUUGGGACCGCGAUAUCGCCACCAGUCCAAAGGCGCACGAGGAGUUGCUAAUGCGCUUCCGCUCCGGCGAAGCCCAGAUACUCGUCGGCACCCAGAUGAUCGCCAAAGGGCUGCACUUCCCGUCAGUCUCUCUAGUAGGCGUAGUCUCAGCUGAUGUUGGUCUCACCGUACCCGACUACCGGGCAGGCGAGCGCUCGUUCCAACUGCUGCAUCAGGUAGCGGGUCGCGCGGGUCGGGGCAGCACCGACGGUAAGGUCAUCAUCCAGACGUUCCAACCCGAGAACUACGCGAUACAAUCGGCAGCGGAACAGGACUACCAGGCAUUCUACCUGCGCGAAAUGGCAUAUCGCAGGCAACAGGGCAACCCGCCCUACAGCAGUCUUAUUCGCCUGCUUUACACACACGCUAACCAGGCAAAAUGCGAGUCAGAAGCCGUAAGGCUCGCAGGGCUAUUACGCGAGCAGCAAGCUGAGUGGGGCAUCACCGAUGUGGAAGCACUGGGGCCCGUUCCAGCGUUUCCCUCACGAUUGCGCGGACGCUACAGAUGGCACAUCAUUCUGCGAGGGCCAACUCCGCGUACCCUGUUGGACAAGGUUGAUAUUCCCAGGGGAUGGACCGUGGACAUUUGA